CGCUCUUUUUUCGUGGUUGACACAGGUGCUCUUCGCGAAUUUUUUCCUGCGAAUUAAAUAAUUACGUGAUAAGUUUCAAACGAGCGAUAACAAAAUCAUGCGCUUCCUACUUUUACUAAUUUUGGGAUUUUUGGGAGAAAUCUCGCCUUAUAAAAUUUUACUUUUGGCUCCAUUUCCGCCUCCAUCGCAUUAUUUAUGGAUCAGUCACUUUACAAAAGCACUUUUGGAUCGCGGGCAUCAUGUUACCGCCAUCACGAGUAACCACGCGAAAUUCAAACAUCGCAAUCUCACGGAAGUAGUUGUCAAUCCGCCGUUCGAUGGACCGAAAUAUCUGCCCAUGAAGGAUAUUUUUGACAUGCGAUACGACAAUGACUGGGAAAAUUUGUGGCUUUAUUGGCGAGCGGGCCUCAUGACGACGGAACAUGCGCUUCAGACGAGCGUCGUGCAGAAAUUCAUUCAACGCGAGGAUCAUUUUGACUUGGUUUUGUCGGAACAAUUUUUCCAAGAGAGCUUUUUGAUGUUUGCCUACAAGUUUGAUUGCCCCAUUGUGACGAUCGGGACGUUGGGAUAUUCGGAUUUUAUGGAUCGUGCGAUGGGAUUUCAUUCGCCAUGGGCUACUGUGCCGCAUAGUACGUUGCCAUAUUCGAGUGAGAUGACGUUUUGGGAGAGGACGUAUAAUGUGAUGAUGUCCUUGGCGGAUGCUGUGUUGCGGGAAUGGUAUUAUUAUCCGAAGCAGGAGCAUUUGGCGCAGACUUAUUUCAAGUUUUUGAAGCAGCGUCGAGGUCCGUUACCAUCAGUGCGCGAAUUGGAGAAAAACAUCUCAGCGAUGCUCAUCAACACCCAUUUCAGCAUAAAUCCUCCUCGUCCUUUGAUGCCGGGUCAAAUUAACGUUGCUGGCGCUCACAUUCAUCCCCCAAAUCCGUUGCCCGAAGACAUCCAAACGUUCCUCGAUGGCGCUCGUAACGGCGUCAUCCUCUUCAGCUUGGGCUCCAUCAUUCAGAGCAAAGAAAUGCCAAUUUCCAAAAUGAGAACGUUCGCAAAUGUCUUCAAAACGUUGAAACAACGCGUCAUCAUGAAGUACGAAGACAACAUGUUGCCAUCCGUUUCGCCGAAUGUCAUGGCAGUUAAAUGGCUUCCGCAAGCUGACAUCCUCGCACAUCCGAAUGUCAUUCUCUUUAUCACGCAUGGCGGCAUUUUUGGGAGUCAAGAAGCAAUUUAUCACGGCGUCCCGAUGCUUUUCAUCCCUUUUUACGGCGAUCAGUUCCGGAAUGCGUUGCGAGCUGAACGAGACGGUUACGGAUUGACACUGCCAUGGAACGAAAUUUCGGCAUCGACGUUGCGCGAAAAACUGAACGAUCUCUUGGGACACACGGGAUACAAAGAAAAAGCAGUUGAAGUGUCGAAAUUGUUCCGCGACAACCCGAUGCCCGUGAUGGAACAAGCAAUGUACACAAUUGAGUACGUCAUUCGAAAUAACGGAGCUUUGCAUUGGAAAUCGGGAGGAAUUAAGUUGGCUUGGUGGCAACAUCAACUGUGGGAUGUUUAUUUCUUCUUGUCUGUCGUUAUUGCGAUUUCGAGUGUGGUUGUAUGGAAAUUUGUUGUUAUGCUUGUUUUGCUUGCAACAGCGAAGAAAACAACGAAAAGGACUAAAAAUGAUUAAAAAAAGGUAUGUUUUGUCUCGAAAUAAAAAAAAUAAUAUUUUUAUAAAAAAAAAUAAAAUAAAUCGUUGCUUUGUAUUUUUUUUCUUAUCUGAUAA